AUAAAGACCUCUGAAAAUCUUAGAGUUUAGCUAACAAAAAGGUUACUGUUGUUUAUUAUAAAACGCAAAACCAAAAUAAUUAUGGCCGAAAGAAAUGAACAUGGAGCAUCUUCAUCAAGAAGACGAAGAUCUCUGUACCACAACCUAGGAGGAGGACACUUUGCUGAUAUAAUGUUCUGGAGAAACAAGAAAGAAUCAGGAACAAUCUUGGCGGUUUUCACAUUGAUAUGGUUCUUAUUCGAAGUGGUUGAGUAUCCUUUCAUCACUUUCCUCUGCCAGAUUCUAUUGAUCUCCAUCUUCAUAUUCUUUAUCUGGUCUUACAUUGGCUCUUCGCAACUAAUCAAGCGGCAACCACCAAGUAUCGACGACCUAAAGAUCUCGGAAUCAACUUGGAGAGUCUUGUUCGAUAAGAUAAACUGGUUCAUCAUCAAACUGUAUGAUGUUUCAAGUGGAACAGACUUCAGACUCCUAGUUUUGGCCGUUGUUUCACUUUGGAUGUUAUCAGUCGUUGGAAACUAUUUCAGCUCUCUAACUCUGUUAUACAUAGUAUUUGUGGGACUGGAGACGAUACCAAUGCUGUAUGAGCUAUACGAAGAAGAGCUGAACUAUGCAGCAAGUAAAAGCGGGAAGAACAUGAAGAAGCUCUUUGACAAGUUCAACUCUAAAGUCAUUAACAAGAUCCCUAAAGCUACUGGUAAAACUAAGAGGCGUAUGUAACGUAAUGCAAUAUAAAAACUCAGUAUAAGUAUAAAGCACUAAGCGUUUUACGUUACCAUUAAUACAAAAUUAUACUAUGCAAUGGUAAAGACAUUCAUCAGGUU